GCCCAGUCACGGCACGGAGCGACGCGGAUAGAAGCCUCGGGAAAGGUAACGGGGUCGGGACGUCCUCCUCUUCUCUUGAGGGCCGGGCGGGGGGAAGCGGGGCCGCCGUGAAUGGGGCGGCGGGGGCGGUUGCCGUUAGCGGCCGCCCGGCGGGAGCUGGGCUGGGUCGUGCCGUGGCCGGGCCCGCGUGAGCGCCGCGCUGGGCGCCGUGCCUGCGUGGCGGCCUCUUCCUCCGCCCCUCGAUGGGAGCGGUGCGGGGCGAGGACGGUGCCCGUCUGCGUCCCGGAGACCCAGCAUGGCCGCCCAAGGAGAGCCCCAAGUGCAGUUUAAGCUUGUCCUGGUUGGCGAUGGUGGCACUGGUAAAACAACAUUUGUAAAACGUCAUUUGACUGGUGAAUUUGAGAAGAAAUACGUAGCAACAUUGGGUGUUGAAGUUCAUCCACUGGUAUUCCAUACUAAUAGAGGCCCUAUUAAAUUUAAUGUAUGGGACACAGCUGGCCAGGAGAAGUUUGGUGGUCUGCGAGAUGGCUAUUACAUCCAAGCUCAGUGUGCCAUUAUAAUGUUUGAUGUAACAUCAAGAGUUACUUACAAGAAUGUACCUAACUGGCAUAGAGACCUGGUACGGGUAUGUGAAAACAUCCCUAUAGUGUUGUGUGGCAACAAAGUGGAUAUUAAGGACAGAAAAGUCAAGGCAAAAUCCAUUGUCUUCCACAGGAAGAAGAAUCUCCAGUAUUAUGACAUUUCAGCCAAGAGUAACUACAACUUUGAGAAGCCGUUCCUCUGGCUUGCUAGGAAGCUAAUUGGAGAUCCUAACUUGGAAUUUGUUGCCAUGCCUGCUCUUGCACCACCUGAAGUUGUUAUGGACCCAGCACUGGCAGCACAGUAUGAGCAAGACUUACAGAUUGCUCAAACCACUGCACUGCCAGAUGAAGAUGAUGACCUGUGAGGGAUGAAGCUGGAGCCCAGCGUCAGAAGUCUAGUUUUAUAGGCAACUGUCCUGUGAUGUCAGUGGUGCAGCGUGUUUGCCACUUUAUUAUCUAGCUGAGCAGAACAUGUGCUUAAUCUUUGGGAUGCUGAAAGAGAUGAAUGGGCUUCGGAGUGAAUGUGGCAGUUCAAAACGAAAAAAACAACAAAACUUCAUAAUUUUGGACCUGCAUAUUUAGCUGUUUUUUGGACUGCAAUUACUUCCCCUUUGAGUUUCAAAUAUAAGACUGCUGCAGUCACAUCAAAGUGUUAUGUGGUAAAUCUUGUUUCUGUCAUUCCCAUUCUUUUUUUUUGUUUAGAUAAUAAAGUUGUAUUUCAAAUAUCUCUAA